CUGCUGCUCAAUGGCGGAAAAGCCGCCGGUACUCUGACCGCCUGGUCCCCUUAGCAGUUGCGGGGGAGUUUCCUGCCGGCGCGGCUGGAGUCUCUGUUUCUCAGGGUUCGGUGGCUGGAAGAUGCUCCAGAGAGACGAGGCUGCGGCGGAGGAGGUGGCGGCGGCCGAAUCGGCAACGGCGCUAGGGUGGAGAGAAGGCGGCAGCGGCGGCGGCGGCGGCGUGCGGGGCCCGACGGUGUAAACAGCCCCGGAGGCGGCGGAGGCGGUGGCCGAGACUCCGAAGGGGAAGCGGCGGCUGAGGCAGGGUCGCGCCUCGGUCGGAAGCCUGGGCUGAGUACAGCAGGGGGUCUCUGCGGCGGGCGAGAGCGGACGCCCUAGACCUCGCUUCCCUCCCUCGCCCCAGAUUCAUUAUUAAACAUGGGUGCAUUUUUGGAUAAACCCAAAACUGAGAAACAUAAUGCUCAUGGUGCUGGGAAUGGUUUACGUUAUGGCCUGAGCAGCAUGCAAGGAUGGAGAGUAGAAAUGGAAGAUGCACACACAGCUGUUGUAGGUAUUCCUCACGGCUUGGAAGACUGGUCAUUUUUUGCAGUUUAUGAUGGUCAUGCUGGAUCUCGAGUAGCAAAUUACUGCUCAACACAUUUAUUAGAACACAUCACUAAUAAUGAAGACUUUAGGGCAUCUGGAAAAUCAGGAUCUGCUCUUGAGCCCUCUGUGGAAAAUGUCAAGAAUGGCAUCAGAACUGGCUUUUUGAAAAUUGAUGAAUACAUGCGUAACUUUUCAGACCUCAGAAACGGAAUGGACAGAAGUGGUUCAACCGCAGUGGGGGUCCUGAUUUCACCUAAGCAUAUCUACUUUAUCAACUGUGGUGAUUCACGUGCUGUUCUGUAUAGGAAUGGACAAGUCUGCUUUUCUACCCAGGAUCACAAACCUUGCAAUCCAAGGGAGAAGGAGCGAAUCCAAAAUGCAGGAGGCAGCGUAAUGAUACAACGUGUUAAUGGUUCAUUAGCAGUGUCUCGUGCUUUGGGGGACUAUGAUUACAAGUGUGUUGAUGGCAAGGGCCCAACAGAACAACUUGUUUCUCCAGAGCCUGAGGUUUAUGAAAUUUUAAGAGCAGAAGAGGAUGAAUUUAUCAUCUUGGCUUGUGAUGGGAUCUGGGAUGUUAUGAGUAAUGAGGAGCUCUGUGAAUUUGUUAAAUCUAGGCUUGAGGUAUCUGAUGACCUGGAAAAUGUGUGCAAUUGGGUAGUGGACACUUGUUUACAUAAGGGAAGUCGAGAUAACAUGAGUAUUGUACUAGUUUGCUUUUCAAAUGCGCCCAAGGUCUCAGAUGAAGCAGUGAGAAAAGAUUCAGAGCUGGAUAAGCACUUGGAAUCACGGGUUGAAGAAAUUAUGGAAAAGUCUGGUGAGGAAGGAAUGCCUGAUCUUGCCCAUGUCAUGCGCAUCUUGUCUGCAGAAAAUAUCCCAAAUUUGCCUCCUGGGGGAGGUCUUGCUGGCAAGCGCAAUGUUAUUGAAGCUGUUUAUAGUAGGCUGAAUCCACAUAGAGAAAGCGAUGGGUCUCAGCCUUCAGUUGUAUACAUAGACAAUCUUUUCACAUUCUGAAUGGCAGUCUCGGGCAUGUCCGUUUGUAAACCUGCCGAGGGCUCUGGUGACAAGAAAGACAGUGGCUGGCAGACCUUCCAAGCCCCUAAAGUACAAGGACAUGAAGGUUUUUUUUUUUAAGCCUGAAAGAAAAAUGAAGCCAACAUUAUGUAAUUGUAUUAUGUAUACUGCUAUUAACCAGUACUCUUACAGCCCAUUAGUGGAGGCAGAGAAAUCUGUCCCUGCGCCUUUCAAAAUCAUAUUUUUGUCUGUCCCUGUGAUAAACACCUGUGGCUUUGGGGAGCAUUUUGGUUUUAUUCCUGGGAUUCUCAUGGUUAGAGGCAGGCUUUACUCUGUCACUAUUGUUUCCUUUCUCUUAAAAGCACCAUUUAAAUGAGAAGUUACCAGGUUUCUAAAUGUCUGUGUAAGAACAUCUUUCUUUGAUUCUGGUAUUUGUGCUGUCCAGAUCUGUUCUGAAAUGAGAUUCAGUGUUUAUAGUCAACAGAAAUUCCUGAAGUAAGUUUGUAACCCGUUUGUUCUACAUGAAUACAAAUCUUAAUAACCCACUUAGACACUUUUUAAACUAAUUUAGAUGAUGUCAAAGACUUGUGUUUAAGAAUAUAGGAGGUAGUGGAUAUCUUGGCACACAAGAAACCAGCUCAAGUAUUGUCUCGUAAAUACUUUUCCCAGUGGCCAAAAAAUUGUACUUUUGGACGACAUGUCACCUAAGUAAGCUCCCUCUUGUGCCUUUUAUCACAAUUCCAUUUGUUAUCUUACUUUUAUAUAAUAGAGUCAUAAAUGACUAGGACUGUAAGAGUAUGUACAUUCUCUUUCUGAGAGAUUGUAUUUCCACUCCAAGACCAAAAGGUGCAAGAAAGAAUGAUAAGAAAAAAGGAACCCUUGUUUCGUCCUUGAGCACAAAGACUGCCAAAGUUAAUUCUUGCUUUUCCAAAGAACUGGUAUAAAUAUUCUAGGAAGUAUAGCAAAAUUUUUGAAAGUAGAUCAUUUCUUUUAGGGAGAACCAUGGAAAAGUUUCAUGUUUUGAUCUGUGGAUAAUGCUGUGAUGUAGUAUGUAGAUCAGGUAUUUCUUUAGUGUGUUCUAUGGAUUUAUCCAUAUUUUGCAUAAUCUCUGAGAAUGAAUGUUGAAAUGGAUUUAUGGCGAUCUCAGCUACGCAGAAGUUAUUUCUAGAGCUUAAGGAUAGUGUACUAAGACAUACCUUCGAGACAGAAUUGGAAUUGGUUAGAAUUAGGUUUAUACCAUACCACACAUUUCCAGAUAGUUAGGGGUAACCUAAAUUAUAUAAAUAAAACCGUAAGUUAAAUGUACCUAGAAGAUUGGCUAUGUAAAAUUGUCUUUGAAAAGGAAGGAAUUCCUUUCUAAUAACCCAUGUUUGUAUUGUAUGUAUGAUUUUUUUAGGGCUUUUUGCUUUUUUCAGGGUGGAACACGCAUAACUGUAGCAGGUAAGAUGGAAUAUUCCCUAUUACAGUAUAAAAGUUUACUACACUAUAUUAGUGAAGUAUACCAUGAAAAAUUUAUACAAUGCUGAUUGCUUUAACACUAGUGGGGGGAGGGGGGCUAAAUAAAUUACAUUUUCUAGACUGAUUUCACAUAAAAAAAAGAUACAUAUUUCAAUUGUGUCUCAGUAAAACUAGGGGGAAACACCCCCACAUUUGUCCAUUUGAGAGAUAAAAAGUGGCCCAAAAAAGCAAAUUCUGAAUGACUUGUAGUUUUAUGUCCUCAGAAGUUUUAACAUAAUAGUUCUGAAGAAUUGUCAUUUGUGUGUUCUUCAAAAAUAGAGUAAUAAAUUUUGUAGCUGGUCAGAUCUUUAAGUAUGUAUUUAUGGAAUUCUCUAAGUUGGAAAAAACAUUUAGCAGUGUUAGUCUGACUCCAGGAACCAGAAUCUACUUUCAUCUUGGGCAGCUCUACCUGUCCCAGUUGGUUCUUUGUUUCUUCCCUUCAUUUGUCUUAUUAGCUCGAGACCAAACAUUUAACAGCAGCUACUGUGAUGACACCCAGUCUCUGCUCUUUUCUGUCCCCAGUUCACUCAUCCUAUGUCACGGGCUUCAGUUGUCUUUACCAUCCAAGACCCUUUUCUGCAAAUGCUCUGGUUUUCUAGGGCUUUCUGAAAGUACACAACCCAAAGCUGAACAUUUAUAAGUAGCAGAGCUAUCAUUCCUUUGUCCUAGUUAACACUCUUCAUCUGUUAGCACCCAAAUGUUGGACUAGCUUUUCUGGCACCCAUGUGAUACCGUGUGAGUCUUCAGAGGUUGACGAUUUUUUACUGCUGUUAAGUGAUUCUCCCCCAUCCUGCACUUGUAGAGUUGGUGUUUUGCUUAACCUAGUUUGCAGGACUUGCAUUUCUUCCUAUUAAGUUUUCUUGUGUUAGAUUCAUUAACCUUUUGAGAUGUUUUUGGAUUCAUGUAAGAUCUAUUUGCUGUCUUUUUCUGAUCACUCCAGAGUUUCGUAUGUAAACCUUGUCCAUUGAAUGAAACAAGUCUGAGGAUAAGGGCCUAUAGUAGGCCUACAAAACUUUUCAGUAGGAUACAAAUUGACCAAGGUAACAGUCAACACCCAUUAGGUAAGGAUGCAGCGACUUACUGAUGAGCCCAUAGCUCUUCAAGGUUAUAAAGGAUAUUGGGGGAGCUUACAUUCCUUGUAGAAGUACUGCAUUUCCCAAAUGUUAGGGAGGCAACUGCCCCUAAAAGUUCAUGAAGUCACGCCUGUUGAUUCAUAGAGAUGUUCUCUUUCCUGAAGAAUUAGAAAACACUGGAAGGAUCUAUUUUGGGGUCUUCCCUGAGAUUAGUGUCAAGUUGCCAUCAUUUUUUUACCUUUCCCCAAAAUUAGAAUGACCUUUUCCCUUUCUGAUGUUGUAGCCGGUCCCUACUCCACACUUGUCUCUAACGUAAAACAGUGGACCACUCAGAAAUAUUCUUAGAUUUUCAGUAUCAUUUUCUUGUUUUCCAUCAGCGUAAAAUAGGAAAGAAAGUUCAUAUUGGCCCAAUCACUUGUGUAUAACUCGGCUAAUUUAAGUUUUUACUUUGGCCCCAUUCCUACACGUACAUGCAGAUUUCUGGUGGGGGUUUUGCUUAUGGUGUUUCUUGUAUCAUUUAUGCAUUUUUGAAAUUCUGAACUUGUUACAUUUCUGUCUGUGAAAACUGGUGGUUUCUUGUUUUUGUUUAUUUGGUUGUCUUACUCUUUUUAGGUACAUCUCCCUUAUUCAUCCUGUAUGUAUGUGAUUCUUAAAAAGCAUUUUUAAAAAUAACCCUAAUACAUUAAAAAAAAAAAAGUCAAAACUAUCACCAGGCUGACAGCCUGAGGCCAAGUACAGCCUAGAGAUGGGACAGAGCAGAACAGUGCAGUGUCCAAAAGGAUGCUUACAUUUCAGGCCACGGGUCAAGAUGCAGGAAAGCGUUCUUACUAAAUAAAAUUAGUACCAUUACAUCGCAAUCAGUAUCUGAUAGGUGCAAGUAAAUGGUCUAGCAGCGGCCCUGGCUGGAGUCUUGCGUUCACUCUGGGGAAGGAGCACAGCGUGGCUUCUCCUCUUCUGUGGCAGAGGAACUCAGCUGCAGGCAGGUGACGGGAAAGGACUAGCUGUGACUUUGAGCCUUGAGUUGGGUCCUCUUGGAAGGGUGUCUCUGUGGCAUGCUCCGCCGCAGGGUGCCUCUUCUCUCUUGCUUUCUUGACUUCCUCUGGGACCAGGGCUGUGAAAACAGCAAGACGUGAUGGGAAGGAAGAGAACGGCCCACAUGUAGACAGCUUUGUAAAUCUCAGCAGCUCUAUGGAUCCUGUAGAAUGUUGAUCGAGAUAGUGUAUUUGUGUGCAUAUAUGUAUGUAUGCUAAUACUUCAAUAAAAAUUUAUUUUUAAAAAAGGAACCUUGGCU